AUGGGUGUUACAGUUGAGGUGAUCAGGCCCGGGGACGGUACCAACUUCCCCCGUAAAGGUGACAAGGUCACGAUACACUACGUGGGCACACUUCUGGACGGCCGCAAGUUCGACUCGAGUAGGGAUCGAGGGCAGCCAUUCGAGACGGAGAUAGGUGUUGGGAAGGUCAUCAAGGGCUGGGACGAAGGCGUCCCGCAACUAUCACUGGGCGAAAAGGCCGUCCUGACGGCGACACCAGAUUUUGCAUACGGCGCGCGUGGCUUCCCGCCGGUCAUCCCUCCGAAUUCGACACUCAAGUUUGAGGUUGAGUUGCUCAAGAUCAACUGA